AUGCAAUACAACGCCGCCGCCCAAUACGCUAAGAGAUAUCCUCGUUAUACGCGUUCGAGGAGGGAAGAUUCCCCUAAUCCAUCGAUCACCACCGACUCGAUGGACUUGCCCCCCGCGAAAAUAGGUCUAAUUAUCGGAACUAAGGGAAGGGUACUUGCGGCAAUUAGAGAACAAUCCGGAGCACAUGUAUACAUCGAUGGCUACAAAGCCGUCAUCCGUGGCAGCGAAGAAGCAAUAGGAGAAGCUAGACGUCUGAUUGCUCGGAAAAUACGUCUAGCGCCCAAUGUAUAUCCACAUAUUGGAUAUACCGUUCUUGAAUUACCAAUAUGUGACACGUUGCCGAAACUCGAGUUCACGCCAUACGACUACGCUAGUGUUAAUAGACACCAUGGAAAACAAUUAUACCGCGUGAAAUUCUGUAAUGAAGCAGACAAUGAAAAAGACAUUUUUGGCUCAUUUGGAGACAGUUGUGACGGCAAUAGUUCUCCAUACCAACCACAUUCUCAACUCUUAUCACCUUCCGGCUCUUCAACUUUAUCCUCUCGCCCUUCUUUACGCAUGUUCUCCUCUUCACAUUCUCGCUCGUCAUCUGUUACUUCUGUUACUUCUGUCACUUCCUCCCACGCCACUUCCUCUUCUUUUCAACAUCCUUUACACCGUCUUCCGGCCCAGCCCCAAGAUGCUCAAACCUUUACCACUAUGCAGUAUCUUCCGACAGUGAUCUCCGCCAUAUCUUCUCACCUCUUCAAAGUAAACCCCGAUAUAUCGAUCCAACAUGAGACGCGCGUAACGGUAUUCUUUGGCCGUGAGACGUUUUCAGAGAUUGACCGGACACGCCUAAACACCAUAGACGAUUGGUGUGAUCUGAAUAGAGAAAGGCAUGGAUUUCACAGCAGUUUCCAACACUAUGUACCUGAUAUGGUAAAGAACAUUUCAAAGAUCUUGAAGAAAUUUGGGUUUGACCAAGUCAUCCGAAAUAAGCGAAGUAGUGGUAAUAUAAUCAAGAAGGGUGGAAGGAAUAGUGAUGGCAGGAAUAAAGUCGAUCAAGGAAUUCAGAGCAUGGACAAUGAUAUUGGGAGUAUCUGUAUAAACUAUGACGAAGGUAAUAGACUCGGAAAGAAACUUAAACUUCAUUGGGAUUAUGAAGAAGGCGUCUACAAAAUAACCAAAACGAGUGUACAAACUCGUCGAAUUGCAAUUAUCGAUAUUGUCCAUGGGACAUCCGCCCCCGAUAUACGCUUCUUGCUCAAAACACAUAAAGACGAAGAUAUUGAUCCAACAAAUGUCGAGCUUAUCAGUGAGUUACAAAAGCCACCGCUAGAACUGUUUGAUGGAACUUACUUCCAAUCGAAGCAUUUGAAGAAGCGGCUUAGGAUUGACUCGAUCCGACAAUCAAUAGUGAAGCAAAAGUUUGUCAAUGACAGAUUUCAAUUAAGUAUAAUCACGAACCGGAAGGAAGCACGAAUAUCUCCAAGCAUUCUUUCGGAGCCGAUGGAAGAGCAAACGGUUCAUCUAAAACAUCUUUCAUGGAAAAUGUAUCAAACCAACGACGAAAUACGUCAGGUUUUUGAUAGACAAUCGCUUGAGCAUAGUAUUAGAGAAACCGUGGCGUUCGCAAGAAAGAUUUGCAGGAUUCUCGAUUCUUGA